CGGAGGAUUAAAGUUGGUAUAAUGGUUGGGAUACUCUCCACGGAGGAUUAAAGUUGGUAUAAUCGGUGGGAAAUACUUCACAGAGAAUUAAGUUUUCAUUGGUAUUGACAGAAAAAUAUAUUAUAUAUAUAUAAAUUUAAGAAAACAUGGCCGUCGCACGAGACUCACUUUUAGCAUUGUCAGAAAUACUUAAAGCAUGCGACGCAAAUUUUCGUGCAAUGAAUACAAAACUUCAUGAAUUACAAGACGAUAUGCGUUUAAUAAAGAUAAAGCAAGAACCCGUGACACCUAUACCACCCACGAUAAUACAGGAAGAGACAAUACCGACACAAUGUAACUUCCAAUCAAUUAAAUUAAAAGACGCGAUUGAAUCAGUACCCGUAUUUGACGGACAUCGACCGUCAAUAUUUCAAUUUUUAAGAGCAUGCGAGCGUGCACGAAAUAUGAUUCCUAAAUAUCAAGAGCCUCAGUUAGUAAAAUUAUUAAUGAAUAAGCUUCGCGGACACGUGUUUCUCGCCGUAGAAGACACUAAGGUAGUAAAUUUAAACGAUUUUGGGAAUAAAUUAAAAGAUAUGUUCGGCCCAGAAAAAACGGUUAACGAAUAUAAAGGCGAAUUAGCAACGAUAUACCAACGACCAGAAGAAAACAGAUUAUAUAGAUCGCGUCAGAAACCUUAGGUUGACAAUAAUGGACGGUGAAAGAUACGAGUACGGCACCAUAUUUCAAGAUAGAAUAGAUCGGGACACGAGGGAGGCUUUCGUUAAGGGGCUCCCAAACGAGGUGUAUUUACGAGUAAGAAUAGCAGGAUACGAAUCCUUGGACGAUGCGUAUCGCCAAGCAGUGAAAGCAACACGAGAAUUAAAACGAGCAAACGAUAGAAUGCGAUACCAACGUUCGACACCUCCGAAUAAUUAUAACCGAAACAACGCUCGUCCCCUAUACAAUAGGAAUAACAUCGGAAACAACCGCCAGCAUAGGAGAUUUGUACCGCCGUCGCGGAAUCGUCUAAACGAUCCGGAUAUAGAGGAAGAUGUCUGGAAAAGAGCAAGAGCAAUAACCUGGGAUGAAAAAUGCGUAAGUAAAUACCCUGAUAGAAAUUUAAGUCAAAAGAGGGAUGCUGAUCGUUUGAAACAAUCAACUUUUCAAUACAAACACUAUCCCGUUGCUGUGAUAAAAGAUAAUGUCACUUUAAAUAAUAAGAGGACACACGGCACCACAGACAGGAUCACGAGUGAAAAAUCUUCCGAGUUCCCAAUUAAGAUAAACAAUACUAAUACCAAAGAACUUUCAGAAGAGGCAGAAAUUAGGAAAUUGAACGACGAGACGAUAGGCAACGCUUAUCCACCGCCUAAUAUCACGGAGAUAUUAGAGUCAUUAAAUUGUGAUAAAGAUCAGACUACGGAGAAUAAAAGUAUAGCUAUUCCUAUACC